AUGUUUUAGCUGGUUGUUUAGCAGCUUGCUAAUGCCGACUAAAUAAAUAAAGCUGCCUAAAAAUAAACGACCUUUUCCCUCAUGUUUGUAUCACUGCAGCACUGUGUAAAAACGACUAAAUGCUCGGGUUAAAAUUAAAGCUGUUAGCUUGUAGCUAAAUCAGCCUUUAGCACAAAACAGGCAUUUAAACUUCCCUCUAGGGAUGUUUUAUGGAUUAUCCCAGCAUGUGAUCUUCUAGCUCAGCAGCCCUUCUCACAUGCUUUCCUCAUCCGGACGGGUUAGAGGCUGUGAGUUAGCCACCAAUCAUCGCUGAUUUCAGUCAUCAGAGGCGUUUAGACCUGAAGAUGGAUGAAGCACUUCUGAGAGUCAACAAUGAGCUGGAUUCUGAUGUUCUGGUGACCUGGAGGUCAGAGCGUUGCUACCAGUGUUCCUACCAGCAGCUUGGAGUGAUACCAGCCCGGCCCAGCCCUGGUCAGUCCAGCUCGGUUGACUUCACUGUUAGCACCCAGCAUGCCAUAACGCUGCAGCUCAACAGCACACCUGAUACCCUGGAGCUCUGCAAGCUGCGGUUCCACUUUGGGGAGCAUGGGAACUACUCUCUGUGGAUGAAAAAUUUGACCAAUUCUUCACGCUGCUCCAUAGUGACGGAUGCUGACCCUGUGAACAGCUACAUACCAAUCUUGGUUGCUUUUGCCAUCUAUGUUGGAUUAGCCUUGAUGUUUCUUAUUGGAAGAAAAAUACUAGGGCUCAGUGCUGUGAGGGGUCUGGUCUUCAGAUUUAGUGGUUCCAUGGAGACGGAGAGACUUAUUAAUUCUGAGCUGGGUUACCCUCGGAUAGAGUCACCAGUUACUGACAGCAUCUCCCCAGUCCCAGCCAGCACCAGCAAAAGGCUUCGUUCUGUCGACACGUUCAGAGGGAUCUCCCUGGUUAUUAUGGUGUUUGUGAACUAUGGAGGGGGUCGAUACUGGUUCUUCAGACAUGAGAGCUGGAACGGUCUUACGGUGGCAGAUCUUGUUUUCCCUUGGUUUGUCUUCAUCAUGGGGACAUCCAUCUCGCUCUCGGUCAGCUCCCUGCUGCGCUCCGGCUCAACCCGCUGCUCCCUGCUCAGGAAAGUCGUGUGGAGGAGCGUUCAGCUCUUCAUUAUUGGCGUCUUCAUCAUUAACCCAAACUACUGCCAAGGACCACUAUCCUGGAACAACCUGCGGAUCCCGGGUGUGCUGCAGCGCCUCUCCUGGUCCUACCUGGUGGUUGCCAGUCUGGACCUAACUGUGGCCAGAGGACAUCUCGACGUCCUCACCACAGACUCUUGGUGGUCUCCAGGCCUUGAGGUCUUGCUGUACUGGCCUGCCUGGGUGUGUGUGCUUCUUCUGGAAGCCCUGUGGCUGUUCCUGACUUUUCUGCUUCCUGUGCCGGGUUGUCCGACAGGAUAUUUGGGUCCGGGCGGGAUCGGCGACAUGGGCCGGUACUCUGACUGCACCGGUGGAGCGGCUGCUUUCAUCGACCGUUGGCUGCUGGGAGAGAACCACAUCUAUCAGACACCGUCAUCACGGGUGAUUUAUGCCACUCACAUGCCGUACGAUCCAGAAGGCAUUCUGGGCAGCAUCAACUCCAUCCUCAUGGCUUUUCUUGGAUUGCAGGCUGGAAAGAUAAUCUUACACUACAGAGAACUCCCUAGAAGCAUCAUGUCAAGGUUUCUCAUGUGGGGCCUUUUUCUGGGAGCCAUAUCAGCACUUUUGACCAAAUGUUCCACAGAUGAAGGUUUCAUUCCCGUAAACAAGAACUUGUGGUCUCUGUCCUAUGUGACCACGCUGGCUUGUUUCGCCUUUGUGCUCUUGGUGCUGCUCUACUACACCGUGGAUGUGAAGAGGUGGUGGUCUGGAGCUCCUUUCUGCUACCCGGGUAUGAACUCCAUCCUAGUCUACGUGGGCCACGAGGUGUUUGAGGAGUACUUCCCUUUCCGCUGGAAAAUGGCCAACAGCCAGUCGCACACCGAGCACCUCACCCAGAACCUUGUUGCCACAUCCUGUUGGGUUCUUAUCUCCUACGUUCUCUACAAAAAGAAAAUUUUCUGGAAGAUUUAAGGGCCGAUUCUCUAAAAGAACAACGCAGACAUUGUUUACCUCAGAACUGCUGGAAAUAACGUAAAUUAGUAUUCCGGGUUUUUUUUUUCUGUCAGUAACCUCUUUAUUACAUUUGUUCCAGAACUCCUGGAGUAUAACAUGGAUUUUCUAACACGGCCCUUUGUCUUCCUAACGCUGUUAUUCUGAAAGCUGGAGCAGGAGGGUUUAUGAGCUCUGUCAAACACCUGCAGGAUCCUCCCUUCAUUUUGUGUGUCAGUCAUUUUUUCCUGUUACUGCUCGAGUCCAAGCGUGUUGUCUUUGUAACUGACCCUGCUCCCUUUCGUGUCCGGAGGUGAAAGGGUUGCAGUGAGAAAGGGCAUUUCAGAUGGAUUAAAAUCUGCAUUAAGGUGCUAGUUUAGCAUUUCUGGUGAAUGUUGAAACUGCAAGUAUUUCUUUUUGUUUAAUUUUUUCAAAUCACAAAUUUAGUCGCUGAAUUGCCCUUUUUAAAUCCAGAUGUGUCUUUUCUUCAGUUUUGUCUGUAAUUGUAAAAUGAUGAACUUUUGUUUUGCCAAACGUUGACCAGCCUUUGGUUGACAUAUUUUUAAAGCUUAUUUUUGAUGGAGUCUUUUCUCAGCAUGACCGCCCACUGCUGACACUUUAUACAUGCACAUCCUCUUAUGAUGAUGACUUUAUAUUUGUGUUUUGGGAGAAUCAUUUGUCAAAUAUGUAGAUUAUUCAAAUGCUGUCAGAUAUUGUACUGCCUUGUUUCAUAAUAUAUUUUGUCAAACUUUUAUAUGUCCAUUUUCUAAAUUCAUUAUUGGAAAACAAGAUUAUUUAAUAAAGGUGAUUGAGAAGUAUUAAA